AUGCGAUGCAGCAACGAAAGCCACGUCGCUGUUGAGGCGGUUUGGAAGACUUUUGAUGUAACGAACGUUGGCGCACAUUUGAUGGUCGCGAUUACAGUCAGCGAUGGCUUUGUCACACCAUCCCGCAUAUCGAUUCUAUCCCCGUUACGACUUUAUUUGAAACCGGAAUAUCUUGCCUCGGACGAAGGCGAGGAGCGGUUUGAUGGAAAUGUGACUCUGGUUACAAAGGAAUCAUUUCUGCGUCGGCAACUCGAGGAUCCUGUCGUGAAACGUAAAGGAAAAGACAAGAAAAAUACAAAAUAUAGAGUCUUGGACAAUCGCGAUUCUCUUCCGUUCGCCAUCGAAAUGACUACACCCGACCCUUAUACGCAUCCAGACUUCAAGAAAAAGAAUGCAAAGAAAAAUAAGGUUGUUAGUCGAAAGGACACCAUCGAAGGAAUUGCGAGCUCUUUGUACAUGAACCAGGAUGGAAGCGACGUUGACUUCAAGACCAAACUUGGCGAGUUUGUUCUUGACAAGCACACGACAACGGGAGAUUUGUUGGAAAUUGGUGAUGCGCAGUACAAAGUGGUUCGGCACAAGUGCCAAUACAAAUACGCAGGAGGAAGGAGAUUCGUAAUGGUACGAAAAAUUCUUCAAGUAAAGGAGGUCGGUCGUCUACAAGCGGAAGAAUACCUUGAAAGAACUUGGGGAAAGUAAGAACUCCCAGAGACUUAAUGCAUUUGUCUUUGUGAUAGCAAAAGAGUUCUUUGUGCAAAGUUGACUUUAUACGUUUGGUAUGCUUACCGUGCUCGUUCGAAUCGGUGCGUAGAAUAGGAUUUACAUUGUCGGUGGGCCGUACGUAAUGUCUGGAAUUUAGAAAGGUUUUACAUU